ACUAUAUGCUAACUAAUUUGGAUGUAAAUUUAAAACAAUUAAAAAUUAAAGAAACAAAAGAAAGUGGGACAGCUUUACAUCAUAAGAUUAGCACUAGUUUAGAAACCACUAAAAAUGCUUGUGUUGCCUUUAGAGGUUCUGACCAAGUUAAUAUCCUGAGAGCAGCUAAUACAUUCAAAGAAGAAUUGAGUAUUUUCAGAUGUUAACCUAAAACUCAGGGAAUAUCUUAAUAGUCUUAAAUCAAGCUUUCAAACAACUUUUGUCCAUAUUUCUCUUCAGUAAAGCCAUAGAUUUCUCAUCCUACUUGCUCUUUUUUCCCUAGGAUUAAAGUAAACCAAGGAAAAAAAAGUACCCUGGUCUUCAUAGUUUUAUACAAUGGGAAACUGAAAGGAAAUUCAGAGAUCAUAUAAUAUAAACCUACUUAAUUGCAAAUAAGUGAAAAGAUCACAGAGUGGAAGUGAUUUAUUCAAGAUCACACAAUUAAUCACCCACCAUAGUCUGAGGAUGGUCCAGGUCUUAUGCCUAUCAGUUCUACAAACUUUGUACCAUGUUCAUUGUCUUUCUCCAUGCAAAGAUUCUCUCUUAUUUUCAUAAGACAUUAAUGAAAGUAUAUAAAAAUUAAUUCAAAUCACCCAAUAUUUAAAACACAUUGAACUGUACAUAGCAUGAAAUACAAAAAGAAUAAGACUUGUUUUUUGUUAUUUAAUUCUAGUGGAACUGGGGUGGGAAUUAUGAAGAAGUUUAAAUUGAAAAACCAGGAGAUGACUAUGACACAAAACAAGAAAUGAAAAUGAUCAAGAAGAGUAAAAACAAAAUACUGCAGAACUUUAAUGGAGAAAGAUACUAAAUUAGAUUGAGAAGAACAGGAAUGACUUUUUUUAUUAGAAAUAAAAAAGAAUCACUAUUACUAUCUUCAUUUGAUAGAAGACACAAGCCUAGGGACACUUGUAGAUCAUCAGCUCUACCCAGACCACGCUUAGAGAACACAAAGUGUAUAAGUCAUUCUUGUUUGUAGGUAGUUCUAAUGCAGCAACAAUAAAGACUAUGGUACAUGAAUUGGGACCUUGUAUUCUCAGAUUAUCUCUGUAUCUCUUAUUUCCCUCAUUCACUGGAGCUUGACCAUGUUACAGGUUCAAUGGAAGUUAAGGGCUGAAGGAAAGAAAUUUACACACACACACACACACACACACACACACACACAUGUUCAUGGACUUCAAAUGACCCAAAUAAAAGAUCUGAGCAACUCCUGAAUUAAAUAAUUAAAAUUAAAAAAUCACAUACUCAUACUCUUACUUUUUUGUCUGACGUCUACCCACCCAAUCACCCAGAUAAGAAUGGUAGAAUCUAAUUUUGGCAGAAGCUGCUGUCAGAGACAAGAAUCCUCUAGGAAACUGAAAAAAAAAGAAAGAAAGCUUAGGCUUCAUCUGAAAUUACAUUAUAAGAAGCACUGACCACUAACUAGGAACAUUUGUGAAAGGCACUGCAGUGUCAGAAAGAGGCACCAAGCAGACAUUCCUAGAGAAAUAUGGAUGGAGUUGGAAAUCUGACAGUUUCUUCUGCCAGUAAUAACACGUGCAAUGAUACCAUUGAUGACUUCCGCAAUCAAGUGUAUUCUACCCUGUACUCUAUGAUCUCCGUUGUGGGCUUCUUUGGCAAUAGCUUUGUGCUCUAUGUCCUCAUAAAAACAUAUCAUGAGAAGUCAGCUUUCCAAGUAUACAUGAUUAAUUUAGCAGUAGCAGAUCUACUGUGCGUGUGUACACUGCCUCUCCGUGUGGUCUAUUAUGUUCACAAAGGCAUUUGGCUCUUUGGUGACUUUUUGUGCCGCCUCAGCACCUAUGCCUUGUAUGUCAACCUCUAUUGUAGUAUCUUCUUUAUGACAGCCAUGAGUUUUUUCCGGUGCAUUGCAAUUGUUUUCCCAGUCCAGAACAUUAAUUUGGUUAAACAUAAGAAAGCCAAAUUUGUGUGUGUUGGCAUUUGGAUUUUUGUAAUUUUGACCAGUUCUCCAUUUUUAAUGUCCACAUCUUACAAAGAUGAGAAAAACAAUACCAAGUGCUUUGAGCCUCCACAGGACAAUCAGGCUAAAAAUCAUGUUUUGGUCUUGCAUUAUGUGUCAUUGUUUGUCGGAUUUAUUAUUCCUUUUGUUAUUAUAAUUGUCUGUUACACAAUGAUCAUUUUAACCUUACUGAAAAAUUCAAUGAACAAAAAAAUGUCAAGCCGUAAAAAAGCUAUAGGAAUGAUCAUAGUUGUGACAGCUGCCUUUUUGAUCAGCUUCAUGCCAUAUCAUAUUCAACGCACCAUCCACCUUCAUUUUUUACACAAUGAAACUAAACCCUGUGAUUCUGUUCUUAGAAUGCAAAAGUCAGUGGUCAUAACCUUGUCUCUGGCUGCAUCAAAUUGUUGCUUUGACCCUCUCCUAUAUUUCUUUUCAGGGGGGAACUUUAGGAGAAGGCUGUCUACAAUUAGAAAGCAUUCUUUGUCCAGUGUGACUUAUGUACCCAAGAAAAAGGCCUCUUUGCCAGAGAAAGAAGAAGAAAUAUGUGAAGAAUAAUUUAAACCUAUUUCUAAUGCAAAUCAAUGAAAAGAGUUUCCCAAACAAGUAUUAUCUCAAACUAUUUGUAAUAAAAAUAAGAAUUUCCAUUAAUAAUUUACAAAUACUUAAAUGAAUGUGUGCCUAUAAAUAUAUCUCAUUUAUGAAUCCACACUGUUAGGGGUCGUAAAGAUAUUUUAAGUGUUAAAAAUUCGGUCCACAACCAUGAAAUAAAUUAUAAGUGGUUUGUUUGAUCAUUCACCAAAAGGUGAAGAAUAUUUUUGUCUUGGCAUUGUUAAAAAAAAUGGAUCUGAGAUCAAAGUUUUUCUCCUCAAAUAAAAACUUUACAAAGGAUAAGAAAUAGCUUUUUAAGAUACAAAAUUAGCAAUUAGUCCCCAAUCAUCCUAACAUAUCCCUUUGCAGGCAUGUCAUCAGAUGAGAACUGGAAUAACCAAGGACCUACAUAAAAUGUCCCAUCACCCUCUUUCUUUGUAAUAUUGACUGACUAGGCAAAGUAGGGCAAUUUUUUUUCCAAAAUAGAAUAUGCAAGUGAUAGAACAGUAAUAUCCAACCAAAUACUCCUAAAGGCCCCAUGCAAUGUGCAAUCUGGAAACUGAAGAAUAUAAACCUGGUCAAAAAACAGUUUGUGUCCAGUUUUCUUCUGCUCCUAACCCCAGGCUCUCAAAAGAGAAUAGUGGAGUUUUUGUGGCUUAUUGACAUUAUUAUAGGUAAUUCUCUCCCUAUAUGACAUACAAUCCUUCCUUAAGAAACUAGACAACUGGCACCUCCAUAUAUGAACAAAAGUAAUUUAAAAUUUAUCUAAAGAAGAGAGAAGGGAUUCUACUUUUCUUCUACAUGCUUAUUACUGGUAUCAAAACUAGCUCCAAUAGGUUUCUGAAUAAAAAUUUGAAUGUUGAUAUUACAAAUUGUUUUAAGAAGUACUUAUAUUUAUACAACUAUGUCAGAGAUUUUGCUCUAUGAUAUACAUUUAUGAGUAGAAGUUAUGUUUUAUUAUUGUUUUAUACUUUUUACUUCUUCAUUGGCAUAUUGACAGGAGUAUCAAGGAUAUAUUUACAGUGGGUUUUAUAUUACAGUGGAAUCUUUGUUCUUAAGACACAACUUGAUUAUAGCUGAAAUAUAAUAUUAAUGGCAAGGUUUUGCUGAAGUGUGGUCUGUUCCUUUAUUCUGUGUUUCAAAAGGCACAUUACCUCAGAGGAAAUAAAUGAUAAUGGUGAAGAAAAAAAGAAAGUUAUGAAAGGAGAAGUUCUAUCUGAAUCUUCCAUGUGUAUGUUAUUUCUAUUUCACUUCUAAUGUUGCAGCCCUUUAGGAAAACACUCAAAACAGAAAUAAAGAGGACUUCUAAGGCAUAGUAAUAACUGGUGCCUACUUAUUUUUAUUUUUAACAUACCUGAGAUUUAGCAGUAUCUACACUUUUAUCCUAUACCAUUUUUCCUUGGUUGAGACAAAGAUCAAACAUACUAUUUAUCAAAAAAAUCAGUCCUCAUUUAUCAUGUACUAAGCUUUCUGUUAUUCAGUAAGUAUAGUGUGGUAGAAGAGCACUAAAUUGGAAGCUAGAACACCUGGUUGCUAAUCUUGUCUCUAUUACUUACAAGUGGUGUAACUUUAAGCAAGUGACAUGAGUUCUGAUCUUCAGCUUCCUCAUUUAUAAAAUAAGAAUACUAAUGCCCUGCCUUAUUACAGGGCAUUUUUGAAACUCAAAUGUGAUCAUAACAUACAUACAGAUGUUAACAUACAGAUGUUAAAGCUUUACUUUUAAAUAAUUUUAAAGUAUAUAGAUGGUUUUGUUAAAAAUAAUGAUUCAUAUUUAUUACAUGGAUUCUAAAUUUUGAAAGAAUUAGAACAAAAUAUAGGCAUAAUGAAAUUCUAAUGCACAUAAAAGAAACUUGUAUCUUACUUAUUCCCACCUCUAGGUGUUUUCCUAUGUUUUCACUUCCACUAGCAGUCCACUUUCUCCCACAUAGAAACAUACCAUAAUUCAAUCACCUACAAUCUAACCAUGAUUUGUUAUUCUUUAAUGUCAUUUAUUUUUGUAUCUUAUAUGAAACUGUUUAGUACUUAUUUGCCUGUUUUUAAUAUGUGUAUGUAUUUUCUCCCAAAGUGGAAUCAUCAUUUUAUGGGAUUAUAAAUUCCUUGAGGUUGAAAAAUAUGCCUUUUAACCAUGGUACCUAAUAAUUAUUGAGCUUUUAUUCUGUUUUAAGUGCUUUAUCUAUAUCAACUCAUUUAAUUCUUACAAUUGCCCUGUGAUAUAUAUAACAUUCUUAUCCCUGUUUUGCUGACUUAGGAACCAAGGCACAAAUAAAUUAAGUAAAUGUCCAUUGUCAGGCAGCUAGUAAGGAUCAGAACUAAGAUUCAAAUCUAGGUAGUCUGACUCCAGAGCUCAAUUCCUUAAUUUUCUAUGCUACCCUGCUAGACCAUGUUCUAUCUUCAAAAUAAAGAGUAGAAGCAAGGGUUUUUUCAAUGAUUUAUUUGUUUAUUUGACAAAAUACAUUUAAAUAACCUACAGUCUUAAUUUCUUUACAUGAACACAUGAACCAUGAACUAAAGCCUAUGAUUUUAUUUAGAAAAAAAAUCUUAAGAAUAUUGUAUGCUAUCCUAGAAUAUUGACAUUAGAAGGACUCUAAUGUUUAUAAUUUCUAAUGACUAUAUAAUACCCUGUGGCAUUACCAUGACACAGUCUUCACAUACAUUUGGUCUAUAACAGUUCUUUGAAAUCCCAUCAGCUAUUCAAGUUCAUUUUCAUUAUACACUUGACUUUUUUUAAUUUUGUUCAGCUAAUAUAGGUCUGUAUCUCAAAAAACGAUUUCAAAUGUUAAAGCAAUGUUUUGUAUUUUGUUCUCCAGAAUAAACAUAAAUGGCUUUGUAUACUCA